AUGCCGCGCAGCAAUCCAAAAUAUGUCAAGAAAGAUAAAAGGAAGUCGUGGAAGAAAGAAGACAUGGAAACAGCAAUUACAGUGGUUCGAGAAAAAAAGAUGGGAACCUUAAAAGCGGCAAAAACUUUUAAUGUGCCUCGUACAACCCUACAAACUUUGAGUAAAAAACUUGACCUUACUCCAGCACAAGCAGUUUGUACUAAGCUUGGGCGAAAGCCUUACUUGGGUGAAGACUUGGAAAAAGAGUUAGUUUCCUACUUACUCAUAAUGGAGCAGAAGUUUUAUGGGUACACUAUCCGAGAUUUGCGCAGAAUGGCUUAUCAAAUUGCAAUUAGAAAUCAUCUUGAAACGCCAUUUAACCGUAACGAGGCCGGCAGAUCUUGGGUGGAUCUUUUUUUAAAUCGUCAUAAAGAGCACCUAUCUAUUCGGAAACCAUGUGGAACAUCUUUCUCAAGAGCUUUAGGCUUCAACAAAGAGAAUGUUCAGAGUUUUUUCAAUAUGCUCGAAGAGGCUUACGAAAAACACAAAUUUCCAGCUGAGAGAGUGUUUAAUGUUGACGAAACAAGACUUUCUAUUGUUCAAAGCAAAAUUCCUCAUGUCAUUGGUCGAAAAGGAAAAAAGCAAAUAGCAGCCUUGACUUCUGCAGAGAGAGGUUCUACCGUAACGAUAAUUGCAUGCAUGAGUGCUUCUGGAGUUUUCGUCCCUCCUCUAGUGAUCUUCCCAAGGACAAAUAUGACUCAAAUCCUAAUGAAAGGAUGCCCUCCAGGUUCAAUAGGGAGAGCUCACCCCUCAGGAUGGGUUCAAAGUAAUAUUUUUACAGACUGGUUUGCUCAUUUUAUUGAGAAAGUCUGUCCGACAGAAAACUCGCCAGUUCUGCUGAUUUUGGACGGACAUUACAGUCACGUCCGAAAUCCAGAUUUAAUUGACAUGGCCCGAAAGAGCUUCGUGACAAUAAUUUGUCUUCCACCGCACUCUACACAUAAACUGCAGCCGCUCGACAAGACAUUCAUGGGACCAUUAAAAGCUUUUUAUAGUGAGGAAGUAAGACAAUUUAUUAGACAUUCAAACCGCGCUGUUACACCAUAUGACAUCAUGGAGCUCUUUGGGAAAGCUUACCUUAAGGUCCAGACGGGAGAUAUUGCAGUCAAUGGUUUCAAGGCAACCGGAAUUUUUCCUUUGAACAAAAAUAUUUUCACAGAGGCUGAUUUCAUAGCCUCUGAAAUCGAAGCAGAGAAAACAUGCAAUGCACCCCAGGCUGAUCAGUCAAAGGUGGUAGGAUCUACAUCAUCUUCCCAUGCAUCAUUUUCUCAAUGCUGCUCUUCAAGCACUCCAAAGAAUCUACCUGGACCAUCGAAGCAAAUUAGCCCUUUUCAAAUUGCCCCAGUACCCAACAUCAAGAAAAAGGUCACAAAUCGUGGUCGCAAGUCUUCAAGUGCUUGUGUGAUCACAGAUACACCAUACAAAGAAGAGCUUUCGAAGAGCCUGGAAAAGUCUGCAGCGAACAUGAGCAAAAAAAAAUUGCUAUUUAACGAUUUUGAUGGCUCAAAAAAAAAGAGCAGCAAUAAGAUGACAAAAAGACCAAAAAUAAGCUCAAAACCGGAGUCAGAAUCUUCAGAUUCUGAUGGUGACUUACCCGACGACAGUUCGAGUGACAUUGAAAGGCCUAAUGGACAUUACCCAGACGAUGAGGAUGCAAGUUGCUUAUUUUGCAAUGGAAUGUUUUCAGAAGACACUAGAGGAGAAGUUUGGGUGAAGUGUUUUCAGUGUUUUAUGUGGGCACAUAGUGACUGUGCGGGUGCUGAAAAGGACAUUUACAUAUGUGACUUUUGUAAAUAA